UUAAUGAGUUCUUCAUAAGUUUUAUUAAAUAGCAACCCUGGCAACCCUUAAGUGAUAUGUCAAAUUUAAAUAUAACAUCUGUUGAGAAAACCUACAAGCGAAGUUCUGUGAUUUUGUUUACUUUUGUUUGAAGUUAAUAUUAUCUAAAAUUAAUUAGAAGUAAUGGCGAAAAGAGCCUCAAAUUCUAGAGGUUCGAAACGUGCAAUUAAACUUGAAAGAGAAACAUUAAUAAAUAAAAUGAAAGUGCAUUAGACACAUUUGAAGAAAGUAAUGGGAGUGAUUUCGUGGGAACUGUGUUUAAUAGUAUGGAUCAGAACGACCCAUUAGGCAAUAACACAGUUGGAAACAUCACCUCACCACCAACAUGUUGCUGCAAAGAAUUAAUAGCUGCACAGGACACAAAACUAAAAGCACUGUCGGAUAAAAUGGAAACAAUGUUACGAAUGAUGACCGUACAAACAGCUUUGAUAAAUGUGCUAGUCUCCGGUGAGAAAAGUCCUAUCAGAUUGGCUAUAAAAUUUCCAUUAAAAACCGAAGCCGAUCUUUUAGAAGUAGAGCAAAUGAUCGGUAUUGAAAAAGACUUCUAUGUUGAAGCUAUUAAAUUAAAACUGGAUGGAAAUAUCUUAAAGAACAUGGAAGAACUGAUCCACCGAAACAUUGCUCUUAUGUACAACAUAGACGGUACACAUGGCAAAAAAAGAUUUAAAGAUUUUGUAAACUUAUAUAGUGCAAUAAAAGCAUCUAUACCAAAUGGUGACAAGGACGAAACUAUACGCAAAGCUUUCCAAGUUGUAAAAAAGCGUCAUUAUCGAUAUAUAUCUGAAAGCAAAACAAAACAACACACUUAAAUUGUCACAAAAACCAAUA